UGAAGUGUUUCCGCCAAGAUGGUUGUCGGUGCCUUCCCAAUCGCCAAGCUCCUCUACCUCGGAGUGAGGCAAAUGAGUAAACCUGUGGCGAACCGAAUAAAGGCAGGAGCCCGGAGAAGCGAGUUCUUUAAAACUUACAUCUGUCUGCCGCCGGCACAACUCUACCACUGGAUUGAGAUGAGAACGAAAAUGCGGAUCAUGGGCUUUCGGGGUUCCACCAUUAAGCCUCUUAAUGAAGAUGCAGCUGCAGAGCUUGGUGCAGAGUUGCUGGGAGAGGCGGUCAUCUUCCUUGUUGGUGGUGGAUGUAUGGUGCUGGAAUACAGCAGGCAGGCUGCUAACUCUCGUCGCAAAGAAGAGGAGCUAAAUGAAACCAUCACAGGCCUACAGACUCAGAUAGCAGAACUGACACUAACCACGGAGACUUUAGAUGCUCAGCUGAGAGAGGUCAACAGGCAACUGUUGUCCUUUCCUGUUCCCACCAAAAAAUGACAGCACUUGUUCUUUGCUAUGUGGCAAGGUUGAUCACUCCCUGCUUGACACAUGGUCCCCCACCCAUAGAAUUGGGUGGAUGAGGUGGAUAUGAGCAUAUCCAUAUACUGUGUAUUUGGGUGUUGUAAUUAGCUCAUGUUUUGAGCAACUAGUUGUAAACAGGAAUGCUAUGAUAUUCAUAGUGUAUUUCUAUGGCUGAUGCAUGAUGAUUAAAUUCACUGUACUUAAAGAUUUACAGUAAAAUGCAAUGGCGACUUUAAAGAUAAUAUAUUUUAUAAAAGCUUAAGUAAAGUUGGUUUGUGUCAUUAUUUCAGUGAUCGGCAUUGUCAUCAUGGUGAUCAACAUCAAAAAUAUUAUGUCAAAUAAUUUUUGGGUUGAGAAGUGGCUACGGUCUCUGGGACAUUUCAUGUUGCAUUUGUACUGUAAAUCUCUUUUUGAUUCAUGUGCAUUGGAUGUGAUGAAACCUGUCAAAGCACUGUGUAAAAUAAAUGGUAUGAAGUCUGU